AUGGCUCCUCAACCCUUGGUCGUCGAUAAGAAAUCAGACGAACUCAUAGGCAUUACUGUCUCCAAAACCGAAAACUUCCCACAAUGGUACCAAGAAGUUGUCGUCAAGGCCGAAAUGGUCGAGUACUAUGGAGAAGUGGCUGGCCUCUUUGUCCUUCGCCCCAUGACUAUCGGCGAUAAGAAUCUCGACGUGCCUGUGGCUAUUCGACCGACGUCCGAAGCGAUCAUGUAUCCCUACUACAGCAAGUGGAUCCGAAGUCAUCGAGAUCUCCCCCUGAGACUGAACCAGUGGAAUUCUGUUGUUCGAUGGGAAACCAAACAGACCACGCCGUUUCUGCGGACAAGAGAGUUUCUCUGGCAAGAGGGCCACACGGCUCACCUGACAGAGGAAGAAGCCGGGAAAGAGGUCCUCGAGAUUUUGGAGCUAUACGCAAAAAUCUACGAAGAUUUGCUUGCGGUGCCUGUUGUCCGAGGUCGCAAAACUAAAAACGAGCGGUUUGCGGGUGGUUACUAUACCAUGACUCUCGAGGGGUACAUCCCAUCGAACGGACGAGGAAUACAAGGUGCAACUUCGCAUUGUCUUGGCCAAAAUUUCAGCAAAAUGUUUGACAUUGCUGUUCAAGAUCCAGUGGGCGAGGGGCAUGUCCACGUGUGGCAGAACUCGUGGGCAUUUUCUACUCGCGUUAUCGGUGUCAUGGUCAUGAUCCAUGGUGAUGACAAGGGUUUGGUGCUGCCUCCGCGUGUGGCUAAGAUACAGGUUGUCAUUGUUCCUGUUGGGAUUAGCAAGAAGACGACGGCCGAGGAGAAGAACCGGCUGCUGGACCAAGCGGACGAGAUACGGGCGACGCUGAGGAAUGAUGCCCGUCUUCGAGUCGAUGUUGAUGCAAGGGAGGGGUACACGCCUGCGCGGAAGUUUAACGAUUGGGAACUCAAGGGUGUUCCGCUGAGGUUGGAAUUCGGGCCCAAGGAUGCGAAGAAGGGCGUGGUGAGUUAUACGAAGAGGUAUAACAACGAAAAGGGAACGAUUCCCAUCGCCGAGAUUACAACUACGGUUCCCAAGAUGCUGGAGGAGAUACAGAAGGGUAUGUACAGGCGGGCUGAUGCUACGUUCAAAGAGCACAGGCGAGUUGUGACUGCCUGGGACGACGUGAUGGGGGCUUUGGAUAACAAGGAUCUGGUGCUGAUCCCGUUCUGUCUGGAUGGAAAAUGCGAGGAUCGCAUUAAGGAGCUGACUACAAAGGUCGAGGAGGAGCAGGGUGCACCGUCAAUGGGGAUGAAGAGCCUGUGCAUUCCAUUCGAGCAGCCUAGUGCUCUUGAAGAGGGGACCAAGUGCUUAAACCCAGACUUGAAACUUUGGCACCAUGACUCGAAGAAUUGCGAAAAUUGUCGACGUCGCAAAGUAAAGUGUUCUGGGAAGCAGCCAUGUCCGACAUGUACUCGCCUGGGGCUCGAGUGCAGGUUUGGAAACAUUACCCGGCGUGGAUAUUCCGAGCUGUACGUGCAGAAGCUUCUUGAUAAGAUAAAGAGCCAAGAGGAGCAGCUCAAGGAACGAGCGGGAUCGAGAUCUACUGCAGACCCAAGUUCUGAGCUGAGCCCCGGCAAUGGCGAUAUUGUUUCUGAUGCAGGCUCUGAGCAGAAUCAGUUGGAUGAGCUGCCCUUGAGUCCAGCUACGGAGCUCGCAUCUGGACCAGCCUUUGAGUCAAGGGUGCGGUCAAUAUUGCGUGAUCACGUCGACAACAACAGCCUAAACCUCCAAACAUCACCCGAAAGCUCUGCAUUCGUCUCUUCAGCCCUCGAAGAAGAGCCUCAUGACCAUUGGAGAAAUGCGCUCACACUGGUCGACGGCAUUCCCUCACCAACUCUGUUGUCCAAGCAAGAAUCUCGUCGACUGUUUGAGAGAUUCUCCUCCUUAAUGGGCAUCAAUCAACACUUUCUCGACCCGAGGACAUUUUCAGAUUCCAUGGAUUUGCUCUAUCAGAAUGAAACCUCACGCAUACGACAGAUGCAGACAAUGUGGUACACUGAGUACCUCUUGGUCAUGGCUAUGGGAAUGCUCAUAGGUUCGCCCAGUGAAGGAUCAGCAAACCCUCCUGGGAACUCGUUCUUUGCUGAGGCGAUUCAUCGACUUCCGCCGAUGCACAAGUUGGGCUCUCAUGGGAUUCUGUCUGUUGAGAUCUUGUGCUUGGCUAGUCUUUAUUUACAGUGGUGUGACCGGAAAUAUGAUGCAUAUCUAUAUAUCGGCAGUGCGGUCCGUCUUGCCAUUGCCUUGGGUUGUUCUCUGCCACACGACGAGCAACAAGGCCUCUCUUCAGAAAUCACUCACCGCGUAAGAGUAUGGUGGACAGCAUACAUGCUAGACCGCCGCCUUUCAGCUGGCCUUGGUCUUCCAACAGAACGUCUGACUGACACGGGCACAGCUUUCUACGGCAACGCUGCUCUCACGCGCACCGAGCUCGUCAAGAAGAUACAAGAGACGCUACAGACUUUACAUGACAUAGGGCGCUCAAUACCGAGUGCCCUAUCUAUAGACUUUACUGAUUCUUCAUCAACAAUUGCGAGAACAAGCGCAUCUUUGUACCUGAUGCUAUUCCUGGAAAAAGUGCAGGCAUCAAAAGACAACAGUCCACGAGCACCUGUAUCUCCAGCCAUAAGUCGGCUGUGCCAGACCUGUCAAGAGGCCGCCAUUAAGACGAUCCGGAUACUUUCUGCCCUACGCGAGGACAAAAGCAUUGCAUUGUUUGGCUACUUCGAUCUUGAUGCUACCUUUUCAGCGGCGUUUGUGCUGACCAUGAUGGGCUUCGUCGAGGGAGACCUCCAAGAACCACCAGAAGGUCUCAAACAAGCGGCAGAGGUUCUCAAGUACUUGUCCAACGCUGGAAACACAGCAGCUCAGCGACGCUUAAACGAUCUGAAGCAGUUCUGCCUUCACGUUUGGUCACCAACCAACAUGACAGACGACUGGUCCUGGCUCAAUGAAGGAAGUGUAUCCAGCCUCGAUAACUCCCCAGCGAACCGCCAUAACUUUUCCGGAGAGGGCGGUGGUAACCCAAGUUUGCAGACGGACGCUAUGACGACCUGGGGACCGGCCGCGUGGAUAUCGUGGCAGUCUACGGCGACGGGCGGAGAGGAUGCGGUGCAUCUUGACUUUAGCGCGUCUGAGAACUUUCAGAUGGAUUUGAGUCAUGAGGCUGGUGACAUUUACUCUAGUUUCAACGAUCCGACGCUUCCGCUGACGGGCGUGGAUGAUGUGGAUUGGGCAGAGGUUGGCAAGAUGUUUCACAUGAGGAAUAUCUAG